UUGAGACCGACGCCGAUCAUAAAAUCCAACUUAGGUACCGGUAAUGUUACAUAUUCUUCACAGUCCCCAACACAGUUAUCGAGAGUGUUCAAUACACACGAAGGCAACGAAGUAAUUCAGGCAAUCACUACACAGCCAAAAUCAUACCUCGAAACAGGCUUAAAUAUUACAAAGACAUAUUAUCUCUUUGCAACAAAGCGAAGCUUCCAACGCCUCUGCCACUAG